AUGAUUAUCGAUAUUAAGAAAUAUUGGACUAAGAACACAUUAAUUGGUCUUGCUUUAGGUCAAUUUCUUUCUCUUCUCAUCACUGCUACUGGUUUCGCUUCUUCUGAUUUAGCUAAAAAAGGAAUUAAUGCUCCAACGUCACAGUCGUUUCUAAAUUAUGUAUUUUUGAUGAUUAUCUAUGGAACUAUUCUACUCUACAGAAGGAAACCUCUCAAGGCAAAAUGGUACUAUUAUAUACUUCUUGGAUUGGUUGAUGUGGAAGCAAAUUUUCUUGUUGUGAAGGCAUAUCAAUACACCUCACUUACAAGUGUGAUGCUACUUGACUGCUGGUCUAUUCCAUGCGUCAUGCUGCUUACAUGGAUUUUCUUGAAAACAAAAUAUAGAUUCAAGAAGAUAACUGGUGUAAUUGUUUGCAUAGCUGGCCUUGUCCUAGUUGUAUUUUCGGAUGUUCAUGCUGGUGACCGUGCCGGUGGAAGUAAUCCUCGUUUAGGAGACGUUCUUGUUAUCGCUGGCGCUACCUUGUAUGCAUUCAGUAAUGUCAGUGAGGAGUUUUUAGUAAAAAAUGCUGAUAGAGAAGAGCUCAUGGCAAUGUUAGGUCUCUUUGGUGGUAUCAUCAGUGCCAUUCAAAUAGCUAUACUUGAGCGCAAUGAGCUUAAAUCUAUUCACUGGUCGGCUGGGGCAGCAUUUCCUUUUUUUGGAUUUUCUGUGGCUAUGUUUUUGUUUUAUUCUCUAGUCCCUGUUCUGCUUAAGCUCAAUGGUUCUACUAUGCUAAAUCUGUCUCUUCUGACCUCAGACAUGUGGUCUGUCUUAAUUCGCAUCUUCGCUUACCAUGAGAAGGUUGAUUGGAUGUACUACUUGGCGUUUGGUGCUGUUGUCAUCGGCAUUGUUAUCUACUCUAUAGGUUUUGGAGACGAGGAUCAAAACCCUGCUAAUGCUGUUGAAGAACCUGUUGCAAUCAGACAGGAUGAGGAAGCCAGUUCAGCAACUCAUAGCAAAGGAAAUGUGUCUGGGAGUUCAAAAACCUGGGUAGCUUAAGAAAGUAUUGACCAGGAGAUCCAUGCAAGGAAAAACCAUGAGGAAGAGCCUCUUUCAGAAGUGGGCUAUUCUAAAUUUGUAGUCAAUGCUCCUCCAAGAGUGCAAUGCAAGAAGCACUCAUUUUGCUUGGAGAAGUGUUAGCAAUAUAUUAUUUUUUAGUAUAGUUCUUGUUAUUUGUUGAAAUUUAGGUUGGUCUCGUCAUACUGGAAAUAAGUCCCACCAAAUAGAAUACGAAAUCGAUUUGAUUUAGCGAGACUCACGUGAGUUUCUGCAAUAAUAGUGUGUUAUUGGCAUUACUCUUUUGAUUAUGCUUAUUUAGUUCGAUUA